UUCUCUCACAGUCAAACAGGCCCAUAUCCACGCCCCUUCAACCGGGGAAGACAGCACAGACCUGACGGGCCAGGGCAGCCUGCAUUUUUUUUUUUCUUAAUUAAGCAUCAAAUCUUCUCGAAUCUGGUUCGGACACGACAUUCUUUUGCUUCUCGCCUCUGUCACAGUCUCUGGGAGCGUAUCCAGCUUCUCCUCGCCGGACCGUUCCGGACUAUAAAACCGACCGCCUGAGCCUAUUUCUUCCCCCACAUUCAUCCCAACACCUCACCCUUCACCGUUCGAAACAAAACAAUUUUCAUCCAAACAGCACAUUUGACGACACGAUACGAAUACACAUACUCAAUCCACACCUGAUACAACACAGCCCAUCCGAAAAUCACCACUUCCUCCUCUUCGAAAACUAUCACACUACCGACCGUUUCACUUCAAGUCCGGUCCUCUGCAAAAUGGCGCCCAAGGCCAACACUAGCAAGACUCCCUGGCAGGAUUCCCUGGAGAGUACUUGCCACGGCCUUCAAAUUGCCGCGCCGGUUUUCCAAAUUGUGUCUGACCGACGAGGUGGGCGUACAGCAUGGUCCAGCAGGGUUACCGUCUACGGAGUGACUCACGAUGCCCGAUUUUGGUACGAUGGCAAGAACGUCAACAACGCCAAAGAAGAUGCUGCUGAGGUUGCUUACAAAUGGUUGAACGGCGCCUCUUCGAACCCCAGCUCACCCUCCACCACCCGAAGCGCAUGGUAAUGCGUUGGCUUGACAGCAAGAAGUUGAUGACG